CGAUAUCAAUGCACCCAGUGCCCAAAAUCAUUUUCAAGGCCAUCUUCUUUGAGGAUCCAUAUCUUUUCACAUACCGGCGAAAAACCUCACGUAUGCUCCCACCCAGGUUGCGGGCGUCGAUUCAGUGUUCAAAGCAAUAUGAGACGCCAUUUGAGAGUUCAC